AAUGUCAGCUUUGGAAAGAUCCACUUCCGCCACACACGCAUCUCUCGAUCUCUCUGUUUCUUUUUCUUUCUUAACGCACAACUCUUUCCCUCACAGGACCCCUCCUUCGUCCCGUCUGACUCCUCCACUUUCUUCUUGGCCACUCUUGGGACAGUGCGCCAGUGUCAAUACAUGAGGAGCUUAGCGCCCGACGAAUUAGCACCCUGAGAUUCUACGGACGGGUCCGUUGAUAUGAUUCGUGUGGGAUAGAAGAUGUUGUAUUAAUGACUUACUCUGGAUAGAGUCUGGUCUGGCUCUUCUUGUCUAAUCUCUUAUAUUCUCUGGAUUUGAUUUCAACGUGUUAUCUUGUUCUGUUCUUUCUUUUCCUUGAUUUCUUCUCCUGUUUACUCCUGCAGCUUUCCCCCCCUCCCCACCUCGCCCGCCCGCGAUGGGCGACGCUGCCCGGCCAUUCAGGCCCAUUGCUCCCCGGACCUUAACAUCAGCUGACGGAGUCGGAGUCGGACAACAACCACCCAAUGGAGCACCAUCAGACGAAGGUCGAAUGAAAAGAGCUUCAACGGCAUGUAAAGAGUGCCAGAGGAGACGAACAAGGUGUAGUGGGGUGCCUUGUUCUGAAUGUGUGGGCCAUCCCGAUCGUGAAUGCGUAUUCGACGAACUAUCCGACAGGCGCCGCAAAGCCACCGCAAAGAAAACUCAGGAGGAGCUUACCAGUCUACGAGACUUCUUGGAUCAGUUGUUGGAGGCUUUUCGCAGCAAUGAUGGUGCUGCCGUGCAGCAUCUUAUCAACAGAAUUCGGGCCGGCGCAUCACAUGAGGAAAUCCGUCGCAUCGUUCUCCACAUCCAUGCCCAAACCGCCGGCUCAUCAUCCCGACCUAACGACAUGGAUCCAAACAUCAUAAAUGAUCAUAUGAGUCAUUUCUUCGAUUCUCAUUGACAUACUCGUUCCCCGCAUGACAGGGGCUUCCUGUUGCAUACCACCGGAGUGACACAAAAUUUAUAUCGUCCGUCGCAUGCCAGCAUCAUACGCCUGAUUCUGUGCCGUCAAUUCAAAACUUAUUUUAAACAGCCAUAUGUCCUGGGUCGAUUGUUUUGAUGGCUUCUUUGAUUU